GCAAUAAAUCGCCUUUUUCCAACUGUAACUCUAACAAUUUGUUGCUUAGCAACGUGAAUGUAGUUCAACAGUUCAGCGGCGUCAGUCAGGUGGCGCAAACUAUGACCCAUUUCCGAACCCUGACCCGUUUCGGAUGAUCCGGUUUGAAGCCAGUCUGGCAGAGUGAAGGACAUGCAUGAAACCCACGAAGGUGAAGCUAGAGGCCGGAGGCACUCGUCAUCCUCAAAUUCUGUAGACAAGCUCCAGGCAAGCAGCACCAGAAGCAGAUCUUCUUCCAGGGAAACUGUGAAGUCUCACAGUGAGAACAAAACCGCACUUGUGAAUUCUGCGCUCACUGACAUCCAGCACAUCAGAGAAACCCAUAAGUACCUCGAGAAAUCCCUGAAAACCUUGAGAACCGAGUACCAGCGGGACCACAACCAGAUGCUGCAUGCGCUGGAGGAAGAAAGGUCAAGGCUGAAUGGUUUGGAGCGGGAACUCGCUUACCUGACUGAGCUCCAUCAGAGGGAAACGUCGAACUUGAAAGAGGAGAUAAGCAGCACAAAGAAAAUCAUUGACAUUCGGUAUAACGGCAAAGCAGAGGAGUUUUCUGAAGCGCUGGAAAAAUGCCAGAGCCAUCUCCUGAAGAUGGAGCUGCAGCAGCAGCAAGAGAUGGAUAUUGUGAGACACGAAGACAGCAUAGCACAGAUUAUCCUCGAAAAGCUGAUCAGACUGCUGCUUGUUGUCAUGUCGACCAUCUUGGUGUUUGUGUGCACACUGAACCAAGGCAUCUUGUUUUUCAAGUCAUCCAAACACAUCCUCUCUGCUGUUCUCCUGGCUGCCUUCCUCUUUCUCCUCUACAAGUACUGGAAUACUGUUAGCUGAUUGGAGCCCAAGAAGAUGCAACAAAUAAACCUUUUUGAAGACCAUCAGCAUUUAUCUUAUCUGGAUCAAUCCAGCUUGUAGUUUAGCUUGGAGUUCCUAGUUAUUGACAAACACAAAUUGUUUUAAUAAUUAUAAAAGUCCUCAGUUUUGUUCACUGUCGUUUUAAUUGAUCAUAUAUCCAAAGUUUGACCUUGUUUUCUCCAGUGCAGGCGUUUAGUAUAAGCUUAAACCACCAGGGGGCGCUGUGGUCAAUCCACUGCUCUCCAACAUGUUUAUCCCUGCAUUAGCUGAGUGGAUUAGCAUUAGUAUUAGUGUAAUUGUAGAUAGAAAAAAGACUAAAUUUCCCCAAAAAAACUCAGAUAUUUUGAGUAUGCUUCUCAGAUUUUCUCUAGAAUUUUUUCUUUAAAAAAAUCCCAAUAUUCAAGUUAGCAGGCUUGGAAGUAAUUUAUUUUUCAAGAAGUUUAUUUUUUCAUUCACAGGAACAUUUUAGGAAAGUUUCACCCCUUCAGACGCGUUCUCCAAACACGAGAACUGUUCCCAGAACAACUGGUCUCUUUUUGCUCAUGGAUCUCACGGAUUAGAAACAAUCCCUCCUGUUUCCAGAGGUCCUGAUCUAAAUCCGAGCAAAUGUUUCCCAACGGGGAGUGAGACAUCACUUCAUCAUUCCUUUAUAGUGAGGAAAUGAAUUUUCCCACAUGCUGCUGUGUUGUGAGGGACAUUCACAGGCUGCUAAACCAAACAGGGAGGAAACGUUCUGUCUGUGCUUCACUUUUAUUAUUCACACCAGAAUGUUUUGGCUCAAACAGGCCCAACAAGACGGCCUGCAGGACUGAUGUUAUUCUCACUUUACUACUUUGAUUAAAAACGCCACAUGUA